UGUGUGUUUGUGUGUGUUGGCUGUCGUCAGUGUGUCCUUGGGUCCAUAGACAAGCAGCAGGUUAACUAGAGAGACUGGGUUUGACAGCUAUAUAGAAAGACAAACCGGAGUGCAUUUUAAAGAGGAGCACCAAAUACUGUUGUUUUUCUGUUUCUUCCACACACUUUUUCGAACUAAAGAUGGCUUUCUUGCUGAAGAGCAUGAUUGGGAACCCCCUAUCAGGAAUGGGUCUCGGUGGCGGAGGCGACAAAGAGGAGGAGGCCACCCCUUCAGAUCCAGCCAAAGCAGCAGGAAUGACACGAGAAGAGUAUGAAGAGUACCAGAAACAGUUGGUGGAGGAGAAGAUGGAGCGAGAUGCAGAUUUCUUACAUAAGAAGGCCGAGAGGGCAACACUCAGGGUGUGCCUCCGAGAAAAAUACAGACUUCCAAAGAGCGAGCAGGACGAGAACAUGAUCGAGAUGGCCGGGGACGACGUGGACGUCCCGGAGGAGCUGCUGAAGAUGGUGGACGAGGACGCCACGGAGGAGGAGGGCAAGGACUCCAUCAUGGGCCAGUUUCAGAACUUGCAGAACAUGGACAUGGACCAGCUGAAGGAGAAGGCCUCGGCCACCGUCACCGAGCUCAAGAGCAAAGCGGAGGAGAAGUGUUCCGUUAUGUGAAUAUGUGUUUCGAACCGUGACGCCACACGAAACCGAUGAGAAGAGGGAGAGUUUUCAGCUCUUUGUGGGAAUCUAUCGACCGAGCUGAGGUUUUCAAACAGUCAGGGACUCGGUUACAAUAGAAACCACAGUUAUCAUCCUUCUGUGCGCUGAACAACUUUAUGUAUUGACGUCUAAAGCGCAGCAUUGUGACAAACGCUGUAAAUGUCCCUGGUAGCUUAAAUUGAAUCAUAUCCACAACAAUAAACACAAUCAGAUUUGUUCAGGGUGUCCUGAGCUUUGUUAUUAUUUUGUUUUUGUUUUUGUUUUUUUUUUUCUUUUUCGUGUUCAAUCCCACUCACAGCUUCACCUUCACAUCCCUUCAGUCACCACAACACACUAAAAAAAAAAAGGUUCUCAUAUUAUACUCACUUUUUUUUCAUUAUUGUAAAAAUGAGACAAUUAAGUGUGAUUUUUUUUUUUUUUUUUUUUUUUUGGGGGGGGGGGGGGUCGAGACUUGCUUCCAAACCUUACUUAUAAUUAACAGUCCUUCCCCGUCUGAAUGUGUCUAUUUCCCUUUUUGGUUUGUUUGUUGGUGAUUGUAGACCUUUAUCUUUUUUUGUAUGUGGUAUUUCAAUUAAUCAUGAUGGUUAUAGGUUCGUCUGGUUAAUCAAUCAUCUGGUUAGUUUUUUUUUUUUUUUCUUUUAAUGCUAUUAUAAGUCUUGACAUGUUGACUUAUUCCGUAAUGUUCACGUUUAAUACU